AUGGAAGACUUCACUCAAACCGAACGAGAACUGUUGGAGCAAUCCACUCGUCUGAAUUCGCGAGAGGCUUACGACGCGUGGGUGCAAAAGUUUGACAAAUAUGCGAAGAGUACAGUGCUCGAGCACGUGCGAAAUGCUAUGGAAAAGCACGGCAAUCUUAAGGUGAACACUGUGUUCAAUGGCGAGUUUAUCUCAGGCGACAAUCAUGCAUUCAAAAGCAUUAACACGAGAAACAGUGAACUCUUUUCUGCUUUAGAUUUGGAUAAAUGGUACGAGCAACGCGUCAUCAAGCCUACCUUGGCAUCUUUGGAAGAAUUUCAAGAACGUGAAAGUGGGUGGGCACUGCUGCGCAUACUUGAUCUCACAGUCAAUGUGAACAAAUACAAUCCACUGCAUGCAGGGUGCAACAUUGAGCUGCCUCGCGAAAUAAAAUUAAAGAAAGCCGUGAUAAACGUACGAACUAAAGACAACGCAUGUUUUGCAUGGUCCGUGGUCGCGGCAUUAUAUCCAGCUGAAAGAAAUGGAGACCGGGAAUCUUCGUACCCACAUUACACCAAAAUAUUCAAUCUUCAGGAUAUUGAAUUUCCAAUGACGUUUAAACAAAUUACCAAGUUUGAACAGCUAAACAACAUAUCCAUCAACGUAUACACCACUUAAGAUAAAAAGAAGCAAGAAGAAGCAUGUACGAUCGUUCCGAUACGUCUCGCCAGUAAGAAGGAAAAGCAUGUAAAUUUGUUAUAUGU